CAAAGCGCACUGUAGUCGCCCAACCUCGAUGCCGGAGUACUGAAGAGGACGAUGGGAGCCAGCGGUGCGCAGCUGCUGUUGGCAGCCCUGGCGCUCGUGGCGUGCCUGGCAGAGGGCGCCCGCGCGGCCCACGUGCUGGUCGUGUUCCCCGUGGGCUCGGGCAGCCACCGCAACCUGGGCCAGGCCAUAGCGAGGGGCCUGCACGCGCGCGGCCACCGCGUCACCGUCGUGUCGCCCUUCCCCAGGCAGCAGCCGCUGCAAAACUGGACCGACGUCGCAAUCCCCAACACCAUACACUUCUUUGGGCAAACGUCGGGGUUCCUUGAGCUUGGUAGCUCCAACAAUUUUAAGAAGUUCAAGAUGAUGAACGACUAUGGAAUAUCUUCAUGUGAAGUGUACCUACAAGACGAGAACGUGAAGCGGCUGAUGAACUCCAACGAAAAGUUCGACGUCAUGAUCAUCGAAAUAUUUUUCUGCGAGUGCUUCCUGACGUUAUCGCACAGGUUAAAGGUUCCAAUUAUACAGUUCAACACGUUCUGGCCCGGCGCCUGGACUGGAGACAUUGUCGGAAGCCCAAGUCCGUACGCUUACGUUCCCGAUACUUUCCUCGCUUACACCGACCACAUGACGUUCUUCGAAAGACUCCACAACGCAGUGUUCGGGUUGUACUGCAAGCUCAUUCGUGAAAUGUACUUGCUGCCGAAAAUGGAGGAUCUCGUGCGGCGCCAUGUGAACGACCCGACUAUGCCGACUCUAUCAGAGUUGGACAGGAGCACGUCCAUGUUGUUGACCAACAGUCACGUCAGCCUGCAGUACCCACGACCUCUGGCACCUGCCUUGGUCGAAGUUGGAGGCAUGCAUGUCAACCCACCGAAGAAGCUACCCAAGGAUCUGCAAGAAUAUCUCGAUGGUGCAAAAGAGGGAGCAAUAUAUUUCAGCCUCGGGUCAAACUUGAGAAGCGCUGAUUUACCCAAUGAAACCAGAUCGGCUAUUGUGAAUGCUUUCUCGAAGCUCAAGCAGCGUAUACUAUGGAAGUGGGAAGCUGAAACAUUUCCAGGGAAGCCAGAUAAUCUGAAACUUGGAAAAUGGCUACCGCAGUCAGACAUAUUAGCACACAAAAACAUACGACUUUUCAUUACGCACGGAGGAUUCCUGAGUACACUUGAAACAGUGUACCAUGGUGUGCCUGUGAUUGGAAUUCCUGUGUUCAGUGAUCAAGAUCUUAACAUGCUUCAAGCAGAAUCCAAAGGAUAUGGAAUCAGACUACGUUUGAAUAACAUAACCUCAGAGACAUUUUACUGGGCAAUUACGGAAAUACUCAAUAAUCCUCGGUACCAAACAAAGGCGAAGGACCUGUCCCGCCUGUACCAUGACAGGCCUCGAACUCCCAUGGAGGAACUUGUGUACUGGACAGAGUAUGUAGCACGCCACAAAGGAGCCUCACACAUGAGAUCUGCAGCUGUGGAUCUUAGCUGGUAUCAACUGUGCCUGCUAGAUGUCAUCAUCUUCAUGCUAACAAUUGUCGCAGUGGUUGCGAGUCUUCUAGUGAUAAUAUUAAGAGUUGUUCUCAGGUUCCUGUUCAGUAGUACACCCAAAAACAUUGCUGAAAAUGGCAUUAAGAAAAAUCUGAAGAAGAAGCAGUAAGAGUGGAUGAAUA